AUGGAUGCAUCUAGGUCAGGAUCAGGAGGUGAGAAAGAGAAAGAGAAAGAGAAAGAGAAAGAGAAAGAGAGUGAUUUUUGGAGUAGAAAGGUUUUCGAGUUAUUGGAGAUUGCUGACGAGAGCGAUGAGGAGAUAGAGUCGGAUUUCUUGGGGAUUCAGUGUUCGUUUCUUCCGAUGAAAAAGAAGCAAUUAAAGAUAGUGAGUAGUGCUUUUCUUACGAGAUUGGAAGCCGAUCAACAGUUACUCCAGAUCAGGGAACAAGUCCAGGACCAACAGAAUACCUCUGAUCUUGAACAGCUGCAGUUGCGAGAAAUGCCGCAGCAAGAUGACACCAGAAAUAUUGCAGAAGAACCAAAUGACACCAGAAAUAUUGCUGAAGAAUCAGAUGACACCGGAAAUAAUUCACAAGAACCAGAUGCAAACAGACCCACCAAGUAA